UACAAAGAUUACACAUAACAUAAAUAAAUCCACUACUUAAAAAAAUACUAUGAUUAUUAUGAAUACUUCGCCGUUACUAAAGUUGCUAACUUCUCGCAUCUUCUAUAAAUGUGACCGAACAAAAAAAAAAAAAAAAANGUAAGAGGGAGAAGAUUCGCGAUCGGACGGCGAACUCGUGAUCGUCUCGACUCGAUCCACCGUUGGAUCUCACCAUGUCACUCUCCCGCCUACACAAAUUCAAGCUCUUCGCCGCACAUCGCAGCUUAGAGGCAUCCUCUGCCGCCGGGAACCCAGCGAUGAGUCCGACGAGGAGCCCUGUAUUUAAUCUCCGGCGACGUAAAACCCUGCGGAUGCUGUUCGAAAAGAGCUCCGACAGUCGUAGUCGCAAUCUCCGUCAGAUCCUUGAGGAUUCGCCGGAAUCUGAUGGAAACUCCGGGAAAAAUAAAAGGGGGAACCACCGUGCUGCUAGGUGUAAACUGAAAGAGCUCUUGGUGACAUCGCCGUCGCCGCCGUUCAAUGGUAGAGAAGAGAUUGGCCGAGAAGAGAGGAGCGAGAAUCUGUCGUCGGUGACAGUUCGCUCCGUUGCUUAUAACGGUGACGGGAGAGAGUUAACGGGUCGAAGAUUGGGUUCGUCCGGUUCGGUUCAAUCAUUUCGGUUGAGGAUUUUGAGAAAACCAUGGAGACCAGUCCUAGUUACUAUUCCUGAACAAUAAAAAUAAAUAAAAACCUUUUUUUGUUCUUUUUACCUUUUCUCCCUUUUAUUUUUUUUUGUAAAACAUAUAAAAAUAUUUAUGAGAUCUUAUACUUUGAAAUUGUCUUAUGUUUAAUUCCAUAGCCGUUUUUUUUUGUUGUUA